GAGCGGCGGGUCCGGAAGCUCCACGUCGGAGGGUCGGGCCGGAGCCUGCCCGGGGCGCAGGGAUACCUCAGCCGUUGGCGCUGCCGCGGGGCGACGCGGGGCCAUGCCUCUCCGACUUGAUAUAAAACGGAAACUAACAGCUCGGUCUGACCGGGUGAAGAGUGUAGACUUGCAUCCCACAGAACCAUGGAUGUUGGCUAGCCUUUACAAUGGCAGUGUCUGUGUUUGGAACCAUGAAACACAGACUCUGGUGAAGACUUUUGAAGUGUGUGACUUGCCAGUGAGAGCUGCCAAAUUUGUGGCAAGAAAGAACUGGGUUGUUACAGGAGCUGAUGACAUGCAAAUUAGAGUUUUUAAUUAUAACACCUUGGAAAGAGUUCACAUGUUUGAAGCACAUUCAGAUUACAUCCGUUGUAUUGCUGUGCAUCCCACACAGCCUUUCAUACUGACAAGCAGUGAUGACAUGCUCAUUAAACUCUGGGACUGGGAUAAAAAAUGGUCUUGUUCUCAGGUGUUUGAAGGACACACCCAUUAUGUCAUGCAGAUUGUCAUAAACCCAAAAGACAAUAAUCAGUUUGCCAGUGCCUCUUUGGAUAGGACAAUCAAGGUGUGGCAGCUUGGCUCCUCUUCACCCAACUUUACUUUGGAAGGCCAUGAGAAGGGAGUAAACUGCAUUGACUAUUACAGUGGAGGAGACAAGCCAUAUCUCAUUUCAGGUGCAGAUGACCGGUUGGUUAAGAUCUGGGACUACCAGAAUAAAACCUGUGUACAAACAUUGGAAGGACAUGCUCAAAAUGUGUCGUGUGUCAGCUUCCAUCCUGAAUUGCCUAUCAUUAUCACAGGCUCAGAAGAUGGAACUGUGCGCAUUUGGCAUUCAAGCACUUACCGCUUGGAAAGUACCCUCAACUAUGGUAUGGAGAGAGUGUGGUGUGUGGCCAGUUUAAGAGGAUCCAAUAAUGUGGCUUUGGGAUAUGAUGAAGGCAGCAUUAUUGUUAAGCUUGGUCGUGAAGAACCUGCCAUGUCCAUGGAUGCAAAUGGAAAAAUUAUUUGGGCUAAACAUUCAGAAGUCCAACAGGCUAACUUGAAAGCUAUGGGAGAUGCUGAAAUCAAAGAUGGAGAAAGAUUGCCACUGGCUGUAAAGGACAUGGGAAGCUGUGAAAUCUAUCCUCAGACAAUUCAGCACAACCCUAAUGGACGGUUUGUAGUAGUGUGUGGUGAUGGUGAAUACAUCAUCUACACAGCUAUGGCUUUGAGAAACAAGAGCUUUGGUUCUGCACAGGAGUUCGUAUGGGCACAUGAUUCUUCAGAGUAUGCAAUCAGGGAGAGCAACAGCCUUGUAAAGAUAUUUAAAAAUUUCAAAGAGAAGAAGUCAUUCAAACCUGAUUUUGGAGCAGAAGGCAUCUAUGGUGGCUUCCUGUUGGGGGUCAGAUCCGUUAAUGGUUUGGCAUUCUAUGACUGGGAGAACACAGAAUUGAUUCGCAGAAUUGAAAUUCAGCCCAAACAUAUUUUCUGGUCUGACUCGGGUGAGCUUGUCUGCAUUGCUACAGAAGAGUCAUUCUUCAUUUUGAAAUACCUAUCAGAAAAAGUUGCAGCAGCCCAAGAAACACAUGAAGGUGUCACUGAAGAUGGAAUUGAAGAUGCUUUUGAGGUUCUUGGUGAGAUUCAGGAGAUUGUGAAAACAGGCUUGUGGGUAGGCGACUGCUUUAUUUACACCAGUUCUGUGAACAGACUCAACUACUAUGUUGGAGGAGAAAUUGUCACUAUUGCCCAUUUAGACAGAACAAUGUAUCUUCUGGGUUAUAUCCCUAAGGACAACCGACUUUAUUUGGGUGAUAAAGAGCUAAACAUUGUUAGCUACUCUUUGCUGGUCUCAGUGCUUGAAUAUCAAACUGCUGUGAUGAGAAGAGAUUUCAGUAUGGCUGACAAAGUUCUUCCCACAAUUCCAAAGGAACAAAGAACCAGAGUUGCACAUUUUCUUGAAAAACAGGGCUUCAAACAACAAGCUCUUGCAGUAUCUACAGAUCCGGAGCAUCGUUUUGAACUUGCUCUUCAACUUGGAGAAUUAAAAAUAGCUUAUCAGCUUGCAGUGGAAGCAGAGUCAGAACAGAAAUGGAAGCAACUUGCUGAGCUUGCCAUUAGUAAAUGCCAGUUUGGCUUAGCCCAGGAGUGUCUCCACCAUGCACAAGACUACGGCGGACUACUGCUCCUGGCUACAGCUUCAGGAAAUGCUAACAUGGUGAAUAAGUUAGCCGAAGGAGCAGAAAAAGAUGGCAAGAACAAUGUUGCAUUUAUGAGCUACUUCUUGCAGGGAAAGCUUGAUUCAUGUUUGGAACUCCUGAUUAAAACCGGGCGUCUCCCAGAAGCUGCUUUUCUUGCACGGACAUAUUUGCCAAGCCAAGUUUCAAGGGUUGUUAAACUGUGGCGGGAGAAUCUCUCUAAAGUCAAUCAAAAAGCUGCUGAGUCCCUUGCUGAUCCUACAGAAUAUGAAAAUCUUUUUCCUGGCUUAAAGGAAGCUUUUGUUGCUGAAGAGUAUGUUAAACAGAGUCUUCCUGACAUGCGGCCAGCCAGGGAAUACCCCCUUGUCACUCCAAAUGAAGAAAGAAACUUACUUGAAGAAGCAAAAGGAUUUGAGCCUUCUGGAGUAAUGGCAUCUCAGAAGGCUGAAGAACCAGUUCCAUCUCCAAAACAAGACGUGAUGAAGACAGUUUUGCAGAAUUCUGAUCUACUUCCAACAAGAGAUCAAAAGACGCUGCUGGAUUUGGAAGAUGACUUGGAUAACUUGGAUCUGGAGGAUAUUGAUACCACAGAUAUCAAUCUGGAUGAAGAGAUCUUAGAUGAGUGAACAUACUUUUUAGAUAACCAAAUCAUUUACUCCAAACAAUGUAAUGAAGUUCUGUGGACUAUGUGCUCCAAGUUAAUUUGAUUUUUAUACUGCAAGUGGACCAUGUACAUGUAGAAAGAAGGGUAGACCCAGCAACCGUACAAAAAGAAUCAGCUGCCAGUAUGUUGAAAUUCAAGAUGUAGGCCUGCUCUACUACAUACUAAAAAAUGUUUUAUCAAGCAAUUCAAUAAACCUUCUUAAACAUUCUAUUCCUUCAUUCUCCAUUUAGUAGUAAUUCUACUGUUCUUAACCCAGCUUCAAUAGUGUGUAUUGCAAACAUUUGAAACAGGAGCAUAGCAGCCAAGCAUUAGUAUUUUAACCUGAUUCUUCUCAGCAUAUACACUUAGGUGUAUGACUACUUUUUCACUGUGCUAUUUAGCUUGUAUCUGUUAACAAUCAGGUAUUCUUCUAGACAAAACUUUUAGCUAAAAGAUCUAACAGAACAGCUGUCCAGACCCUACACUUAUUUCAGUAAGUAAAAUGAAUUGUGGGCAAUUCUUUAGCUUUGAGAUGCAAGAGUAAAGAAAUUAAACUCAGGGUAUACUGUCACCUCAAAACAAGUCAUGAUGACUGCUAUAAGCUUGUUU